UGCAACGCGUGAUGCUACGUAUCCUCGUAACAGAAGGUGAAACUUGUUCAUCAUGCAAUGGUUACUCUGCUUUGCUUGCAGAAGCAUCUCUUUCUUCAUUGCUUGCAGAAUGUUUUGCUCUCUGAAUUCUACUGCGAUUAAGCAAUGGUUUGGCUGGAAACCUUCCAAACAGAAAUAUUAAAUAUUAGUUUUUUUUUUUUUUUUGGUCUCGUUGCCUGAAACCUCUGCUAAAAACCAAAGCGUCUAUCUCUUUUCAGUUGCAAAUUUAUGUGAUUCUCUAAAGCUUUUCCAGAACUUCAUCUUUUAGCAGAACCCGCGGUGUGUUUGGAGAGAUGGGUUGUGCUGCAUCUAAGAAAGAUGAAGAAGACGACGUGGUGUUGCUCUGUAAAGAGAGAAAAAGGUUGAUAAAAUUGGCGGUAGAGCGGAGGUAUGCGCUUGCAGAUGCACAUUGCAAGUAUAAUCACUCGCUGAAUGCAGUAGCAGCCGCCAUAAGGUUGUUUGUAGCUCGGCAUUCCUCUCCAUCUUCUCCAAUUUUCAUCACCUUCCCUUCCUCUGCUUCUGAGACUACAGAAACCAUUGCGCAUCCCACCUAUCAUUCUGCAGCUUUCUUGGAUUCUUCUAAGGUAGAAAGAGAAAAACAAGAACAAGAACAAGAAUGGGGAAACCAAGAAGCUAAAGAAGAAGAAGAAGAAGAAGAAGAGGGUGAUGAGAACGAGUUUGAAGAUGCAGAAGAAGGGGAAGUGGUCUGUGAGCAUUUCUGUGGUGAGAUGGCUCCGCCAAUGGCAGGUGUACAUAAAAAUUUUGGGUGGGAUUUCUUCGAUCUGUUUGAUGGGAUGAGAACACAAGUGGCGAGUGGGUUUAGUCAAAGCUCUGAUGAGGAUCUGAGGGCGCUGAGAGAGGAAGAAGGGAUUCCAGAGUUGGAGGAGGAUGGAGAAAGGGAAAUAAGUGAGAGGAAGGCUGUGGAUGUGAAUAAUGGUGAGGUUGGAGUGGUUGAAUCUGCGACAGAAGGGGGUGAUGUUAAUGAGAGCCAAGAGGAGCAUAAUAGUUUUAGAAUGAUUGAUACAGCCCCUGAUGGGAGGGAAUUGUUGGAGGCAUUGAAGGAUGUUGAGGACCAUUUUAUUAGGGCUUAUGAUUCUGGUUUGGAUGUUUCUAGGAUGCUGGAGGCCAAUAGAGUUCCAAUGCAAUCUGGUUUGGAGGAAAUUAAAGAGAGCUCAAAUAAGCUCAUUCGGUCAAUUACACGGAAUCGAUCCACCUCAUCUCAGUCUUCCUCAUGCAAAAGUCUCCUCUCAUGUAGCUCCAAAUGUUCUUCGACGUGGACAGAGUUCAAAAAUGAUUUAUUUGAUGACUAUGGUGGAAUGGAAUCCGGAAGCCAUUCACUGACACUGGCAAGGUUAUAUGCUUGGGAGAAAAAACUCUAUGAGGAGGUGAAGGCUGGAGAUUUGACCAGGAAACUUUACGAGCAAAAAUGCUCCCGUUUGAGGAACCUGGAUGCCAGAGGAGAUGAUGGCCUAUACUCUGGGGAAAAAACCAGAGCUGAAGUAAAAGACUUGCACGCCAGGAUCUUGGUUGCAAUUCGAAGUGCAGAAUCAAUCUCCCAAAGAAUUCAGAAACUGAGAGAUGAAGAGUUGCAGCCACAACUUGUGGAGCUGAUACAUAGCCUUAUGCGAAACUGGAAGAUAAUGCUGGAGUCACAUGAAACCCAAAACCGAAUCAUGUAUGAAGUUAAAUCUUUCAACUGUCCUGCCCAUGGAAAGUUUUGCAAUGACUCUCACCGCCUUGCCACACUUCAGCUUGAAGCAGAAGUUCAAAAUUGGCGUGCUUGCUUCACGGCAUAUGUUUCGUCACAGAAGGCAUACAUUGAAGCACUUAAUGGUUGGUUAUCCAAGUUCAUUGCCCCUGAAGUUGAAUUCUACUCCAGAGGUAGGUCUUCGACUUCAGUCCCGCCGCAUAUUAUCAGUGGGCUGCCGUUACUUGUAAUCUGUCAUGAUUGGUUGGCUUGCCUGGAGAAGUUGCCAGAAAACUCAGUGGCUUCUUCCAUGAAAAGCUUGGGGAAGGAUAUUCGAGCUUUGUGGCUCAAACAAGGAGAGGAGCAGCAACAGAAAAGGAAGGUGGAUGGACUUGCCAAAGAACUUGACAGGAAGGUCCUGGCAUUGCAAAGGGCAGAGAGCAGAAUUCUUGAAUCAAAGCUUCAUGAGCAGGAAUCAGUGGUAAAUGUGCCGAGUCGGAUUGAAUACUUGACAGAAAGGAAAGCUAUGUUAGAUAUGUUUAGGAAGAGGCUAGACGCAGAGAAAGCAAAGCACCAUACCAGCAUGCAAGAUACACAAUGUACCACUGUAAAUGGAUUUCGGACCGGAUUUUCUUCAGUUUUUGAGUCCUUGGCUGAGUUUUUUAAGGCUUCAGAGAAAAUGUAUGUUGAUCUUUUGACAUUCAGCAAAAAUGCAAAGGUCGUGGAUGAAAAGGUUGGUAACUCAUCAUACAACUAGAAGGAAUGGGCUUUGAACACUAGAGUUAAAGCUGAUAACAGGUGGAAAGAAAAGCAGGAAAAGGGUUUGGAGGGACUGUUAAGAUCUUUAAUUAAUUGUAUAUUUGGUUGAGUUUUACAGUAUUUUCUCCAAAAAUAUAAAUAUAGCAAUUUCUCUUAUCCUAUAUAUGAGUUGCAAGCAACUUGUGCAAGUAAA